CAAAAACUUUCUUUAAACUAGUAGAAAAAAGUUCAUUAUAUAGGCUAUACUAAAAAGAUAAAGAGUGUCAAAUAUUUCAAUAUUGAAGAAUUUUAUUCAGUAAACUGGCCUCUUUUCUCAUCUAUAUUUGCUAUUUCAACUAAAAGAGUAACUGACUUUUGCAAUUAUUAACGAUAAAAGGAUAUUCUAAAAUUACAUUUUUGGUCAUUUAAUAACUUGAUUAUGUAAGCUGUAUUAUAAAAUGUUACUUUCUCUUUUAAAUCGUUAAUAACCAUUUCUUAGUUUUCAAGGAUCUGUAUAUCACAGUUUACAUGAUGGAUUUUUGUAAUAAAGUGGUUCACAUUGAAUCUGUUGCAAAGUCUGAAAGGCGUUUAAUAUAUGAUGACGGGUCAAAUAAGAUUUACUGCAAUAGUGUAGAAUUGGGGAGAGUUUUAGAAGAGCCUAGUUGCUUGUGGAAGAUUGUCAAUGUAGAGAAUGAAAAAUAUUUGCUGGAGAAUAUUGAAUAUGAGGGAUGCUAUCUAAAGAACUCUUUUGCUGGAAAGGGAGAAUCAACGCUAACCCUGGUAAAAAAUAUCCAACAGGCAACUUAUUGGACUAUUAAAAGAGUUUCAGAUAAUCGUCACGAACCGUCUUUUUACAUAAACAUGUUUAAUUCAAUGUACUCUUUAUGCAGCACCUCUAGAGCAUGCGUAAAAAGAAUUAACAAUUCAAAUUCUGAUAUGACAUUUCACCAGUGGAAAAUUCGUAUCAUUCGUGUUUCAUGCGAUUGGGUAGUUGUUUCAGAACAGAGAAACGAGACGAGAGAUUUAUUAAGGAUAGACGAGGAGUUAACAUAUAGUGUUAAAAAUACACGGUGUCCGAAAAAAAGAGCAAAUUUCAUGGAAAAGCGUACAAUUUGCAAACUCCUCUCAAAAUUGACGGAAAUAGCAGACCAUUGCGCAUAUUUUAAAAGAGAAUUAGGAUUUUCUAUUACAUCAUCAGACAUAUGGCUUGAAGAGAGUUCUUCCAAAGCGAAGAUAAUUUUACAUGCAAACGAAGAACUUAAAAUACGACAAAUAAGAGCAAUCUGUGGAAAUUAUGUAAUUAAAGCACCAACUGUUCAAUUUAUAACAAAAAAAUUUGAAACUGAUACCAUUAUGCGUGAUGUUUGAUUACUCUAAUACAUGCUAUUCUACACUUUAGUAUAUUUGUACCAUUUACAGCUUUAACAAUUGAUUUGAUAUUCAAUUUACUUAACAGAUGAAAUUUUAUUUUUAUAAUUGCUAUUAAAAGAAACAAAACUACAAGAUAUCGACAAAGAGAUAACCAAUUUUCUCAAUAUAGAG